GUUCCCAGUGCCACACAUAUGUAUCAUCAUCCGUAUCCCUCCCAGCCGCCCCCGCCAUACCAGAACGCGGAGUAUUCGCACCACCCCCAACCACCCGUCCAACCACACUCGACAAGAGAGCGCGACGAACGAGACAGCCACCAACACUCUUCUUCGCGCACCAUUGGCGAUCCACUUAGCUUUGCGGAUGGUCAAUUCUCGGGCCAACUCAUUCGUGCGCAGCUUACAGAGCUCCAGAAAGCCGAUUUAGGACGCAAAUACGCACGCAAGGACCGGCGACCUCUCGACCCUCCUCCCGUGGUCCAGCUUCGCUUGUUCAGGGUAGAGAAUGCAGGGACAGAGCAGCAGACAGAGACGGAGGUCGAAAAUUAUGACGAGAUCAGCAACAUGGGCCUCAUAUGUCAUGUCGACUUAUUCCCCGUCCCCGGCGAAACUUCAGCCGAAACGUCUUCCGAAAGUGGCAAGGCCCCAAGACAAGAAAGCACUUCAUCUCCACCCUCCGCCUCAAUGUCGCCUGCCUCCUACUCUCCACCUGGACCCGGUCAAUAUCCAUACACCUUUCCAGCCCCUCAACCGCCGUAUCAUGGCCCGCAUGGGGCUUCUAGUUCUGCACCGAUGGGUAUGCAGCUGCCUCCCAUGCAAGUUCCUCCUCCACAACCUUACCAGCAGCCCGCUGCCUCUUCGUACGAUCCUUCAGAGGAAGAAGUUGUACAUUGGCACAACAACUUCGGCGUUGCGGAAGGGUCCAAAGUGACUGAGGCUCUCGCUGGGACGACUUUCGUCCAAGCGUCAAAUCUCGAUUACAAGGGAAACAAAGUGUUGAUGUUCGUUUUCUCAGAUCUAGCCGUCAAGAUGGAGGGCAACUUCAUCCUGCGAUACCGGUGCUUUGACCUCUUCUCGAAAGUAUCGGGUACAGAUCCCGAAACACCUGUAUGGGCGGAAUGCUAUGGGGGCCAGUUCCGCGUGUAUUCCACAAAGGAAUUCCCGGGCUUGCGUGCAUCGACUGACCUGACCAAACACUUGUCCUACUUUGGUGUACGGCUGAACCUGCGUGAGACAGAGCGCAAGCGCCGAAAGAAGGUGGACGAUCCGCUGAUGGCUAUGGCGACUGCGAGUAGACAGAAGGGUAAGCGCAGGCAGGAGGAGCCACAAGAGGAGCAGUCGUACGACGAUUAACGUGUCGUAGACUUGGCUGGCGCUCUCAUCGCCUGUGCUUGUUUCCCUCGUUCAGACUGCAGGCGAGACUGGAUCCGCUCUCUUUUCUUUGUCUUUUGUACAUUUUGUGCUUUUGAUUUUUCCUAGCUUAUUCAUUUCUCUUCUCUUCUUCUUAAUAAUCGUUCUCUCAUCCAUGAUAUUCGCCUGCUCCGUUGUCUCACUUGAAACUAAACUUGUCGUUCCUCGCGGUCGACUCGACAAAAUCCGAGACGCUCAUCAGAAUCAUGAUGCAGGAUCGUGUUCUCAAGCCCCUUUCUAUCCUUCCUGAACGCUAUCGAUAUCGCCAGUCGCCUUCCCUGUGUUUCUUACGUCUCUGCUAUCCC